GAAUGUUCGUUCGGUCAUUUUAAGUAUAGCCUUCAGCUCAACCGUAGGAGCACGGGUUUAAAUGUAGUGGUGAAUUUAAAAACCGGCAAUGAAAUUGAUUGAUAUAAGUUUAUUGAACACAGAAACUUUAAUGUGCACCGUUCACUAAAAUUUUAAAAUUGUGUUUUAGUUUAAAAUUUGAGUUUGAAAGCUGCUAUUAACUUUCAAAUUAGCUAUCUUUUUUUUGUGAUAAGUGUCCUGUCAUUAUUGGCAAAUCAUGAAGAUUGACAAGAAUCUCCUGCCUAUGAAAGGCCAUUACUUUCUAUUUAAUGCUGGGACUGGAUUAGUGAUUCCUUUCCUUCCUACAUUAGCCAAAGACUUAGGUUUUUCAUCAGUUGUUGUUGGAAUGGUCUAUACCCUUUUACCUAUACUUGGUUUAAUUGCUAAACCUACCAUGGGGGCAUUGGCUGACAAGUUGCACUGGCAAAAAGGAAUGUUCUUGAGCUUUAUUUUCUUGACCAUGUCUGCAUUAGUUCUCAUACCUUGGAUACCAUCAUUGCCUUCGAAUAAUAGUGUAGAACUACAUUGUGAUUUAGAAUCUGUUGUGAAAAUGUGUUCAAGUUCUUUGAGUAAUAAUGUUUGUGACCCUGAAAAAUUAAAAAGUUUGGGGAAUAAUAAUAUUACCUGUAGUAUGGAGUGUGAAGGUGACUCGGAUUUUACUGAAGCAUUAUGUUCUACUUGGAAUCAGCCACGAUACUGUGCAACUGUCAAGGAACCCAAUAAUCAUAUGCUAAAGAUUGUGGAAACAAAUUUUAACAUUAGUAGAAAUGAUACACCUGCAAAAUUUGUAGCGCUUGGUUCUCAAAGCUUUGAUUUUUCAGCGAUUCUUUUGCCACAGCAUGUACAUCAGCUUAAUAAUUGCCUUUUGAUUGAGAUUGGUGAAGUACAUUUUGCUCCAGAUAACAUUAUUCAUCCUUAUUGCAAUAAAUUUGAGAAGGCGAAAUGUGAAAUGAAGUGUAAUAAUGAAAUAAUCGAAGGAUUAACUAAGAAUCCUAAAAUUAAAGAUAAAGAUGCAAUUGGAUUGUACCAGUUCUGGCUUUUUUGCAUUUCACUUGUAAUUGGCUGGGUGAGCAUGGCAGUAGUUGUGAGCAUUUCUGAUGCCAUCUGCUUUGAACUGCUAGGUGAUUUCCCUUCAAAGUAUGGAAAUCAAAGGCUGUGGGGAUCUUUAGGAUGGGGUUUGUUUUCAUCUGCAGCUGGUUAUAUUAUUGAUCAUUUUAGUGGUUCAUCGACAUCUAAGAACUAUAAACCUGUUUUUAUAUUAAUGGUUGUAACUCUGUUGAGUAAUAUAAUUGUGGCUUAUAAACUAAAAUAUAAACAAGUGAAAUCCUCAGCGAGUAUAGUCAAUGAUGUUGGGAAACUACUAUCAGAAGGACGAGUUAUUGUAUUUUUACUGUGGUGCAUUAGUAUUGGCAUGUGCACAGCAAUGGUCUGGAAUUUUCUAUUCUGGUAUUUGGAAGACUUAGCUGCUAAGAAUGGUUGCGGAGCUCAAAUGUGGAUAAAGACGUUGGAAGGAUUAGUUAUGUUGAUUCAAACAUUUGGUGGCGAAUUGCCAUUUUUCUUUCUCUCAGGUUGGGUCCUAAAGAAGAUAGGCCAUAUCCAUUCUAUGUCUUUGGUUUUGCUAUCAUUUGGUGUGAGAUUCCUCUUGUAUUCUCUUCUUAUUAACCCAUGGUGGGUGCUUCCAAUAGAGUUCCUAAAUGGUCUUACGUUUGGGCUGGCUUAUGCUGCAAUGGCUUCCUAUGCUAGUAUCGUAGCACCUCCUGGCACUGAAGCAACUACGCAAGGACUUGUAGGUGCUGUUUUCGAGGGAUUAGGUGUAUCCUUGGGAAGUUUCAUUGGUGGUUUACUCUUUGAUAAGAUGGAUGGAUCUAAAGCAUUCCAACUGUUUGGGAUUGCGGCAGCUGUUUGUUGUUUCCUUCACUCAGUUGUCCAGCACUUUAUUACCAAACGUACUACAGUUUUACACAUACAUGAAAAAGUGGUGACUACUCCAUUGUUGAAGGAUUUUAAGCAUGCACGGUAUGCAAGUCCCAAUGAUGCGAUUCACAUGCUUGAGGACACCCUUCAAGACUUAUCUCCUCGUUAAAUUCCAAAAAGUUAAUUUUAUGUAGUACAUUUUCUGUCCAAGUAAUGUUGAAACUUUUAAAUAUAGAAAAAAUAUUUAGAUGCUAGUCAUGAUGAUAAGCCGAUUUCCAGGAUAAAUAUGGAGUUAAAAUACUUAUAUUAUAAUUUUAAUUUUGAAUCAAUUUUGUAUAUAUAUACCAUUAAGGGUUAUUCUAAAGGUACAGAAUAAAAUAUUUAAUUCAUUUUAUUGAAGUAAAAAAUGAAAGAAACGUAUCAACGAUGGAAAAGGUUUGAAUUGAAUGAACGUUCUAUUGAAUAGAAGUGAGAUUCAAUUACUCAACAACCAGAUGGUAAUUUUCUUUCUUUUGCCUGUAUUCUUGCCUUUCUGAGUAUUCCCUUGUUUUAGAUUGGGUAAGGUAGUUCUAGUUUUAGGUUUUAAAAGGAAGUGUGAUCUCUAAUUAUUCAUUGAACUGCCUUUCCUAAUGCUGACAAUAUAAAAUAUUGUAAGUAGAUUUACUUAAAACAUUGUGACUUAUUUAUAAACAAUUUUGUUCUUGUUAUUUUUAUACUUCAGAAUUUAUGCUAAUUCUUAUAUUAUAAAAUAAUGGUUGAGGUUGAUUCUUCUGAUAGUAAAUUUUGUAUGCUUAUUUUUUAUAAUUUACUUAAUAUUUCUUUUACUUUAAAAUGGCAAAAGCUUGUUAUUUUCAAUUUUUAGUGAAAUGUAUAUCUCAUUUGAGUUUUUUGUUGUAUCCAUGACAUUCCUGGAUUUCUUUAUUGUAAAUGAGGUUCAUGUUUUAUUUUAUUAGAUUAUAAAAUAAUAUUAUUCAUUAGAUAUAUGUAAUGCGGUGCCUUUUUAUGUAUGCAUCCAUGUUCCAUGUUUAAUAUGUAGAAGAAAUAAUUUAUUUUGCAAUUUUAUUUAUAUAAUAAAGCAGUAUUUUUGUUAUUCUUGUAUUUUUGAAAAUACAAACAUUAUUACUU